AUGUUCUGCUAUUUGAAUAGGAGGCGAAAAUUUGAAGAAGCAGGAAGAAGUAUCAGUACAGAACAUUGGAGCAAUCCAAGUCAUUGUUCGAAUUCAAAAUUAUUAUUAUUAUUAUUAUUAUUAUUAUUAUUAUUAUUAUUAUUAUUAUUAUUAUUAUUAUUAUUAUUAUUAUUAUUAUUAUUAUUAUUAUUAUUAUUAUUAUUAUUAUUAUUAUUAUUAUUAUUAUUAUUAUUAUUAUUAUUAUUAUUAUUAUUAUUAUUAUUAUUAUUAUUAUUAUUAUUAUUAUUAUUAUUAUUAUUAUUAUUAUUAUUAUUAUUAUUAUUAUUAUUAUUAUUAUUAUUAUUAUUAUUAUUAUUAUUAUUAUUAUUAUUAUUAUUAUUAUUAUUAUUAUUAUUAUUAUUAUUAUUAUUAUUAUUAUUAUUAUUAUUAUUAUUAUUAUUAUUAUUAUUAUUAUUAUUAUUAUUAUUAUUAUUAUUAUUAUUAUUAUUAUUAUUAUUAUUAUUAUUAUUAUUAUUAUUAUUAUUAUUAUUAUUAUUAUUAUUAUUAUUAUUAUUAUUAUUAUUAUUAUUAUUAUUAUUAUUAUUAUUAUUAUUAUUAUUAUUAUUAUUAUUAUUAUUAUUAUUAUUAUUAUUAUUAUUAUUAUUAUUAUUAUUAUUAUUAUUAUUAUUAUUAUUAUUAUUAUUAUUAUUAUUAUUAUUAUUAUUAUUAUUAUUAUUAUUAUUAUUAUUAUUAUUAUUAUUAUUAUUAUUAUUAUUAUUAUUAUUAUUAUUAUUAUUAUUAUUAUUAUUAUUAUUAUUAUUAUUAUUAUUAUUAUUAUUAUUAUUAUUAUUAUUAUUAUUAUUAUUAUUAUUAUUAUUAUUAUUAUUAUUAUUAUUAUUAUUAUUAUUAUUAUUAUUAUUAUUAUUAUUAUUAUUAUUAUUAUUAUUAUUAUUAUUAUUAUUAUUAUUAUUAUUAUUAUUAUUAUUAUUAUUAUUAUUAUUAUUAUUAUUAUUAUUAUUAUUAUUAUAA